AUGAACAAACAAGAGGAGACGUGGGAGAAACUGGACUCAGAGUUUGACCAUCACCUGGUUGACAUGAAACCAUAUGUCCUAAAACUCCACCACAAGACAGGUCUACAGUAAAAUGAGUUGUAUAACUAAAAAGCAAGUGUUCUAUAAAUUGUAAUUGUCUUAUGUGUUAAUAGUUAGUAAUGCAUUGAUUGUAAUUUCUUGCUCCCUAUUUGACCGUAGAGCGCCAGCGAUGUGCCCUGUGGAUCAAGAAGCUGUGUGACCCAGCUGUAUCCGGCUCGGGCCUGAUGGGACGCAAGAACCGCAACAUGUACUCCCGCCUUCUCCUGCAUAUGCUCAGAAGAGGGGUCCUGGAGGGCCCUUUCAGCCACAAGCCAGAGUCAGGCAGUCUCAGGACUCUACCAACAUAUAUGGUAAAACAAUCCUAUAUAUAGUACUAAAGAGCAAUGAUGAUGUAAGGUACUAUAAAUUCCAGAAGUAUAAUUUCUGCUCUAUAUUGCUAGUAGGCUGCCCAUGCUGUUUAUGUUUGUUUGUUUAAUUCAUGGUAUGCCAUUUUAUAGUACUUUGUAGGCCCUGUAUGUUAUACGUUUUUUUUACUGUUUUAGGUGGCUAAACUCAGCUCUGCACCUUUUCUCAUUGCCAGUCCAUCUACUUUGAUGAGCCUCUAUGUGGCCGGGGCCUGGAUCAGAGCACUGCAGUCCUGCCUGACUGGGUAACAGGAGAGCUGGGCCAGGGUGACGACUCCUGGGACAGCCAGCUCAGAGAGAGGGCCAGCUCCUCACCCACAGCCUACUCUAACACACACAGGUAGGUUAUUGCCCUGCAUAAACUAGCGCUUAAGCUACAUACUCAACUGGUAUGCAUGCUAGCUACAGUAGAAGUCUGCUGAAUUCAAACACACACACACAGGUGUUUAAUCUGGAAUAGACCACCUCACCCUUUGGGCAAAAGUGGUUGAGUCAACGUAGUUUCCUAGUUAUUUCCUCUUACUUAAAAACCUCUUCGAUGUAAAGUCCCCUAAACCUGCGUGGUUCUGCAUUGACUUUUUCCCCAACCUAAAUAUGCUGGACUGCCCUCGAAUUCUGAAACAUUGUCUAUGCUACUCAACAUGUUUUUUAUUUCAUUUUUAUAUAAUAGGCUACUUACAGUAGUUGUAUACAUACUUCAAUGUAAAAGAUAAACUCUCUGUUCACCUGUUAAAUCUGACUGUAUGUUAUAAACCGCAUUGCACUGAGCGAUAGCCCUUGUUCACAGGGGCACAGUAGUAUAUUUUGUGUGUGUGUGUGUGAGUGUGACGUAGGAUGUGAAAUCUGAAACCACUUGAAGCUGGGAUGGCCCUCCUGCCAUUUUAUUGGCUCUUCCAACUGUCCAGCAACUCCUGGCUGAACCCUAAGUCACAGCCACUGACAAAGCACAUGCCUGCAAUCCUUACAUUGUAGCGCUGUAGGAGAGAUCAUUUCGAUAGCCAUUAAUCAAAAAAUAAUUAAUAGAUUUUAAACAAACAACACUUCCUGUUUGUCAUAGAGGGACAAGAUUAAUAUGAGAUGAAAGGUGAGUUCCUAACGAGUUCAGGAAGCCAAGCUAAAGCUCUGAGACAUUCACAGCGAUGGGGGCAGACGUUUUGCUUAAGAGAGACCUUUAGGAAAUAUACAUAUUUUCUCUAACACUAAACAUACAAAUAUGUAUUUUACAGUUAUAAGGAAGGUGAAAUCUUAUAUUUAGUCAUUUUAUAAUUUGAUUAUACUAUAUUUAGAAAGGAUAUAAGUCAUUUCAAGCCUUAUUCAUACAGGUUUGUUGAAUAGGAAAUACAUCAUAUAACAUAUUUCAUAUUUUUAUCAUAUUUGUACUGUGUACUUAGCUUGUGUCCUCAAAAGUGACUACACCUCAGCAAUUUAUAGCUUUUUUCCAGAAAGGUGAGAUUUUAACCUUUCUUGGAGUAUGCAGCAUUACUAGUUAUUGUGUAUGGCCCUCAUGAUAAAUAAUUACUUUUGGGGAUUAUGUUGGUUACAUUUAGUUACAUUUAACAGUUUUUUAAAUUAACGUAGUCCCGUUGCGUAGAUGUAGCUAUUUCGUUGAAUUUGCACAAAACAUCAUCAACAUGGUUGUGCUCUUUUUGCGCAAAUCUGUAUUGUUUUCAGCAGCUUGACAGAAUAUCUCAUGACAGUGCAAUCAGAUAUGGACAGUGGACACUUGCUUUUUUGUAUAGGCUACUGUAUGGUCCCUAGGCUCCCUGUUUCUAGGUUCUUAAGUAGUCUGGAAACCUUGAACCCUCUCAGUCAGUCUACCAGUAAAACGUCUCUAGUAACUUGCUUAUCAACAAGCGUUAAUGUUGAGCCAUGCACAUAGCCUAUCUAUUUACUAGGCUACUACCCACUGUGCAAAAACAUUGUUUCCAUGUAAUUUCAACAAAAUAAUUUCAAUGUGAUGACGUUGAAUCAAUGUGGAAAACUGAUUGGAUUGGCAAAAAGUCAUCAACGUAAGGGAAUUUAGUCUUCUUUUCACCCAACUUUUAGCCUAAAUCCAAUGACAUGGUUACAUUUUUGGUUGAUUUCAAGUUGAAUUCACGUUAGUUGACAACUCACCCAAAUGUAAAUCAAAACUAGACGUUGAAAUGAUGUCUGUGCCCAGUGGGAAGGCCCAACUAAAUGAGAGGGGAGGGAGGGGGAGACCUUUAAUGCUUUGUUGAAUCUACUUUUUUUUUUUUUUUUAUCUGGGCCAAGGUUGAUGUUGGGACAGUGGUGACUGGUUCUUGGAGAAGAUUAUUAAGCAUGUGUUGAACGGGACGACUAGUUGCUUGCACUGGAAAAUUCAGUGGCAUCUUGAGCCAAAGAACCAUUCAGCUCAGGUAGAUUGAUUGCGGUUCUGUUUGUGUCCCUAUGUGUAUAGUCACUUUAAAGAUACACAUAAGUUUGAUUUUGAAAAGCCGUUGGCAUGAUGUACGAGAUGUCCUCGUUUCAAAUCCGACCAGUUACACAAGCAUGCCUAACGGUAACCUCAAUUAGCCUAAGUACACUGGCUGUAUUGAAGAGCUGGAUUUUUUUGUCUGACUAGUGUCUGAUUGGGAUAAGAGCAUUUAAAGAGUGUAUAGAUCACAGGCUAAGGCCUGAUGGAGAAAAUGACUUAGUACCCAGGCUCUUUAAUGUGACUCUCCCAUUUAGAUAAGACUCUAGGGACCUAAUUUGACUCCUUGCGAUGUUUGAUCUUUCGAUCUCUGCCUCAUGCCAUUAAUCAGGUGAUGGGGUGUUUUUUUAACUCUGAAAACAGCCGUAAUUCAUGUCCUAAAACCUGAUAAGUGAAGUAGUCAUUUAACUUUGGGGUGCUUGCAGGUUAGGCUAUAUCAGCAAUCCUGUUCUAUAUCGGCAGUCCUGUUCUACACUGAGUAUACCAAACAUUAGGAACACCUUCUUAAAAUCUUGGAUGGAUCGUGAUGUUGGACCUCUGGGUUUAGAAACUCUCUGUUAAACUGGCUAGGAGAGAGACACCAUAUUUGACAGGAGUGAGUAAGUUCCAGAUUUGGCCACAGGAUGGCGUUACUCACCUGCAGAACCCUGAUGGUUCUGUACCUCUGUUCUCAACUGAUAAAGUCUAGUUGUUCCUGUGUGAAAGGAAUGGGGAUAGCAAGCUGAUCCAGGUUAAGAGAUCAUCCUCAGAGGCUCUGGUGUGUAGCCUACGUGCCGACUCCUGGUACUCACAUGUCACUUAUGGAUCAGGCCUUAAACAUGCCAUGACUGUCUUGACACAUUGUUUGUUGUCUUUGGCGUGCCUUGGAGAGCUCUGAGAGAAGGGGGAGAGAGGCGAAGUGUGUGUAUGUGUUGGGGGAGCUGAAUCUUGACACAAAUCUCAUGUUGACUCGGCAUGUGUGGAAGUGUUGCGUUCGUUACUAAAGAUGAGGGGAAUUUCUGGUCUUUCGCCCCUCAUAGCAAACAGGCAAAGGUGGAAGGAUGAAUGUGUGGUGGUGGUUAGCAGCAUAUUUCUUAACCCCUAUAUGUUUCUUAUGUGAAUCCCUUCCGUUGCUCUCUCUCUCUCCUCUCUUUUGUUUUUUCGCUUUCUGUUUUACUCACUCUGACUUCUGUCUAUCAUCUGAGUUCCACACAUGAGAACCCUUAACCUCUCCCUCUCCCUUGUCAAGUGUGACAGUAACAUUGUCCUUGCAGCAGCAGACAUCAAACAGCCUUCAUGAACGACCUGUUUAGCCGCCUCAGGUCUUUCCCUCCAAGGCAAGAGUCUCUCCGUUGACCUUGCCUCCAGGUGGUUGAGUUAAGGGGUCCACGUCUUGUUUGUGCCCCAGGGUCGGGCUACCUUCCUUGGGGUGCCUGAGGGUGAGACCUGGGGCCUCUGGCCCCUGCACCUGGAGGUCAUGGAUGAAGCGUAUAGAUGUCAGGCUGUUUUAAUAAGACUGGCUGCAGCAGCAAAGACACACACUUCCCCUCUCUCUCCCCUAGCCCCGACCUGCCUGGCUGGCACAGCUUUGAUCUCUGGGCCUCAGACUCCAGGCACAUCUGAUUCAAUUAUCCUCAUCCACCUGUUGACUUUGAGGCCCGACAUUGCAUCGCUCGCUUGGUCUGCCUUUCACGGCUGUAUGUGUGUGUGUGUGAGUGUGUGUGCAUACUUGAGGGGAAGAAAGAGUGCCUGUUAGUUUUCACGUAGGCUGCUUUAACAGCUGGUAGGGAGACACACAAAGGAUACAAAAUAUGCUUUCAUGAUGAUAAGUUUGACCUCAACCGACACUGUAAUUGAGAACAUACCAGUUUUGUAUCCUUCAGUCUCGCUCACUUUAUAACAGAAUGUAGAUGCAUAGAGAGCUCCCCCUCCUGGCUCUGAUGCUGAAUUUUCACUGGUCCACCUUCUCAAUCUCCCUCUUAUGCCCCAUACAUUUUCCUCAGAAAGGCAAGUGAUCUUCUGUGGUCAAACUGUCAUUGUCUUCUGACAAAAAAGUACUUAAUAGAACUCUGGAGUGUUAAGGAUACAAGAAAGACAAGAAAGUGAAUAUAUAGGCCUAAAUGACUGUAGUUAAAAGUGCCCUAGAGAAAUAAUUGGACGUUUUCAUCCCAUACCUCGGUACAUUACUGGUUGUUCUUUCUCCGAUCGUCUCCACCCUUCCCUAAUUGUGCAGAUGUAUUAAAUCAUUGUUAAGCCGGUGUAAUUGCCUCCAGUGUAUGUGCUUAAUUAGCUGGUAAUACUAAUUAAUGAAGCAUAGCUUGUCAGAAUCAGUAGCCGAGGUUCUCAUUGUUGUCUGUUCUCUCUGGGUUGUGUUCAGUAGGCAUGAAAUGGAAGAAAAAUUGUUUUGCUAGGAUGUUUCCGAGUGCAGUGAUUCCCAUCUCCGGUCCUCGAGUACCCCCAACAGUACAUCUUUUUGUUGUGGCCCCGGACAAGCACACCUGAUUCUACUUGUCAACUAAAUAUCAAGCCCUUGACAAGUUGAAUCAGGCUUUUUUGUCCGGGGCUAUAACAAAAAUGCGUGCUGUUGGGGGUACUGGAGGACUGGAGUUGGGAAACACUGUUACACUGCCCUCAGUGCCCUGAUUCUGUCAGAGUCAGCAGAGGUUCCCAUUGUUGUCCCCUCUCUCUCACUGGCUGCUGGGUUGUAUAGAAAUGUAAUGAAUAGGGCUGGGACUUGCCAGGGACCUCAUAAUACAAUAUCACGAUACUUAGGUGCUGAUACGAUAUAUGUUGCGAUUCUCACGAUUCUAUGUAUUGCGAUUCGAUGUUCCAAACAUCUUGCUCACCUUGUCUGCUGCAGGGGAACAAGAGAGAGCCAUGUAAAAGCGAGUUUUGAUCAGUCAUGGAAAUAAAAGUGCUGAAAAUGUUGGCUCACCAUUUAAAAAAUAAUAAGAUUGAUAGCAAGCUAGAGAAGAAAUACCAGUUUUGGCGCAGGUACAGCUGACGAGAGCUAGCUAAAGUUAACUACCUACAAAUAAUAUUGUCAAAAAUAAUAUUGCGAUACUCUAAUGUAUUGAUUCCCCCCCGCCAUUACUAGUAAUGACUAGACUUCGUUUGUCUUGUACAAUAAAAAAAGGAAUUGUGUCAGUCAUCUAUACAAUCCAUUUCUAUUUGAACAUUCUGUAAAGUUUUAUCCUCUUGAACAGGCAACAAAUCAAAUCAAAUUGUAUUGGUCACAUGCGCCGAAUACAACAGGUGCAGACAUUACAGUGAAAUGCUUACUUACAGCCCUUAACCAACAGUGCAUUUAUUUUUAACAAAAAAAGUGUUGAGAAAAAAAAGAGCAGAAGUAAAAUAAAGUGACAGUAGGGAGGCUAUAUAUACAGGGGGGUACCGUUGCAGAGUCAAUGUGCGGGGGCACCGGCUAGUUGAGGUAGUUGAGGUAAUAUGUACAUGUGGUAGAGUUAAAGUGACUAUGCAUAAAUAAUUAACAGAGUAGCAGCAGCGUAAAAAGGAUGGGGUGGGGGGGCAGUGCAAAUAGUCCGGGUAGCCAUGAUUAGCUGUUCAGGAGCCUUAUGGCUUGGGGGUAGAAGCUGUUGAGAAGUCUUUUGGACCUAGACUUGGCACUCCGGUACCGCUUGCCGUGCGGUAGCAGAGAGAACAGUCUAUGACUAGGGUGGCUGGAGUCUUUGACAAUUUUGAGGGCCUUCCUCUGACACCGCCUGGUAUAGAGGUCCUGGAUGGCAGGAAGCUUGGCCCCAGUGAUGUACUGGGCCGUACGCACUACCCUCUGUAGUGCCUUGCGGUCGGAGGCCAAGCAGUUGCCAUACCAGGCGGUGAUGCAACCAGUCAGGAUGCUCUCGAUGGUGCAGCUGUAGAAUUCUUUGAGGAUCUGAGGACCCAUGCCAAAUCUUUUCAGUCUCCUGAGGGGGAAUAGGCUUUGUCGUGCCCUCUUCACGACUGUCUUGGUGUGUUUGGACCAUGAUAGUUCGUUGGUGAUGUGGAUACCAAGGAACUUGAAGCUCUCAACCUGUUCCACUACAGCCCCGUCGAUGUGAAUGGGGGCUUGCUAGGCCCUCCUUUUCCUGUAGUCUACGAUCAGCUCCUUUGUCUUGCUCACGUUGAGGGAGAGGUUGUUGUCCUGUCACAACACUGCCAGGUCUCUGACCUCCUCCCUAUAGGCUGUCUCAUCGUUGUCGGUGAUCAGGCCUACCACUGUUGUGUCGUCGGCAAACUUAAUGAUGGUGUUGGAGUCGUGCCUGGCCAUGCAGUCAUGGGGGAACAGAGAGUACAGGAGGGGACUGAGCACGCACCUCUGAGGGGCCCCCGUGUUGAGGAUCAGUGUGGCAGAUGUGUUGUUACCUACCCUUACCACCUGGGGGCGGCCCGUCAGGAAGUCCAAGAUCCAGUUGCAGAGGGAGGUGUUUAGUCCCAGGAUCCUUAGCUUAGUGAUGAGCUUAGAGGGCACUAUGGUGUUGAAUGCUGAGCUGUAGUCAAUGAAUAGCAUUCUCACGUAGGUGUUCCUCUUGUCCAGGUGGGAAAGGGCAGUGUGGAGUGCAAUAGAGAUUGCAUCAUCUGUGGAUCUGUUGGGGCGGUAUGCAAAUUGGAGUGGGUCUAGGGUUUCUGGGAUAAUGCUGUUGAUGUGAGCCAUGACCAGCCUUUCAAAGCACUUCAUGGCUACAGACGUCAGUGCUACGGGUCGGUAGUCAUUUAGGCAGGUUAUCUUAAAGUCCUUGGGCACGGGGACUAUGGUGGUCUGCUUGAAACAUGUUGGUAUUACAGACUCAGUCAGGGACAUGUUGAAAAUGUCAGUGAAGACACUUGCCAGUUGGUCAGCACAUGCUCGGAGUACACGUCCUGGUAAUCCGUCUGGCCCUGCGACCUUGUGAAUGUUGACCUGCUUAAAAGUCUUACUCACAUCAGGCUACGGAGAGCGUGAUCACAUAGUCAUCCGGAACAGCUGGUGCUCUCAUGCAUGCUUCAGUGUUGCUUGCCUCGAAGCGAGCAUAGAAGUGGUUUAGCUCGUCUGGUAGGCUUGUGUCACUGGGCAGCUCGCGGCUGUGCUUCCCUUUGUAGUCUGUAAAAGUUUUCGAGCCCUGACACAUCCGACGAGCGUCAGAGCCAGUGUAGUACGAUUCAAUCUUAGUCCUAUAUUGACUCUUUGCCUGUUUGAUGGUUCGUCGGAGGUCAUAGCGGGAUUUCUUAUAAGCGUCCGGGUUAGAGUCCCGUUCCUUGAAAGCGGCAGCUCUACCCUUUAGCUCAGUGCGGAUGUUUCCUGUAAUCCAUGGCUUCUGGUUGGGGUAUGUACGUACGGUCACUGUGGGGACUACAUCAUCGAUUCACACACACUGUUGGGUGAAAUGGUUCAUGUGGAUGUUUUUGAUAGAACAUUUUAGUCAUUUAGUAUUACAUCUCAGUCAUAGUAUUACAUUUUUCCUCAAUAAAGUAGCUAUCAGCAAAGCCAGUGCUAGUAGGAAAAAGUCAAGUGCGAGAGGCAAGGGUGUUAGUUUGUUGAAGAGAGUAAAACGUUGAGCUAAAAGCAUAGCUGCAUCAGAAAUGAGCCAAGUACAGAUGUAGGAUCUUAAUUUGAUCACUCUUUUGUUGCUCAGAAUUUUCCUGCACCGCAGGAAAUAACCUAACCAGCUAAUAGCCUAACCACCGAUCAAGCAACAUUAUGGACUAAACGUUCCAAUCAUGUUGCUGCAGUAUUAUUUUGCUGAGACAAUACAGGUCAAAGUAUAAAGAUCCUACAUCUGUACAGCAUGACUCACAUUUGAUGAGUUACACAUGAUAUUGAUAGACAUAAUGUAAGCCAGUGAUUGAGUGAAGCUAUUGCCUGUAAUAUAACCAGUGAUACAUGAACACUCAGAUCUUUGUAUUUAGUUGUUCUCUUCAAUCUUUCCUAAUGUAUGUUCCUAAUGUAAAUCAUCUGCGCUAAUCAUCUAUCUUUUGUUUCUCCAUCCUAUCUUCUCCUCUCUAUAGAUACUCUCCUCUCUCAGCUCUUCCUCUCUUCUCUAUCUCUCUCUUUCUUCUCUCUCGCUUCUCUUUCCUCUUCUCUCCCUCCCCCUCUCUCUAUAAUUCCCUCCCCACCCUCUCUUCUCAUGUUCUCUUUGUCUCUUUCUCCCUCCCUCUCUCUCCAGGAGAAGACGGCUAAAUGAGGAGAAGUCUCCAUCUCGGCCCCUGGCCUCCAGCCCAGUCAAACGCUCUUCCGAAGACCACAACAAAGGGGUCAGCAGCACUCUAUAA